AUGUUAAAAAACAAUAUAAAAGAUGUGUGUGAAGAUAAACACACUAUAGGCAUAGGCACAGGCAGAACAGUAGAAAGCAUUCUUCAAUAUCUAAACCCUAAUAGCACUUAUGUAUCUUCUAGUCACCAGACAUCUAUCAGUCUUACUAAUCUUUCUCUAAAAAGUGUGCCUAUUGAAACUGUACAACGUCUAGAUUUGUACAUUGACGGAUGUGACUAUUUCGACAGGGAAGGGAAUAUGAUUAAAGGUAAAGGUGGGUCACUCACAACCGAGAAAUUGUUGUGUUCUAUGGCUGAUGAGGUAGUUAUAGUAGUACAAGAUUAUAAAUAUAGAAAGAGAUUUAAUAAUUGUUAUGUUCCUAUUGAGAUAUUACCACAGAGUAUAAAGUAUAUAGAAAAUAUUUUAAUUAAAAACGGUAUUAAAUAUGAAUUGAGAUGCAGUAAAAAUAAGUUUGGUCCUGUGAUAACAGAUUUAGGGAAUUUUAUUAUUGAUAUUGUGUAUGAUAGAGAGUUUUUAAUAAGAAGUAAGCAAAUAUGUGGUGUAGUGGAACAUGGAUACUUUGAGAAUAAGGACUAUAAUAUUAAAGUAGAGGUAUUUAAAGAAUAA